AUGCCUGGCUUGACCUCCGCCUCUGGAGUAUUGGGCUUCCUGGACGACGAGGAGCCCGAACUCAAGGUCUUUGCUCUGCAAACUUUGAACGACGACAUUGACACCUUGUGGACUGAAGUGGCAGGGUUUGUGGGCAAAAUCGAGGAGCUCUAUGAAAAUGAAAGCUUUCCUGAACGGCAGCUGGCAUCACUCGUACUGGCCAAGGUCUACUAUCACCUGCAGGAAUACAAUGACAGCAUGACCUUUGCUCUCGGCGCUGGCGAUCUCUUCAAGUUUGACAACCACGGCGAAUUUGAAGAAACCAUCAUCUCGAAAUGCGUGGACACCUACAUGGCUGUAUCAAGAGCCCGUCACGCCGCUCCCCAAUCUAAUGCCCAAGAUUCUUCCCUUCCCAGCCUUGCUACUUCGUUUGCAAACGCAAUCAACGAUGCCAAUGCUGCUGCAGCUCUCACUUCGCCAACGACCCCAUUCUCCCAAUCCGCUCUACCCUCCAAAUCACUUCUCUCUCGCGCCUCGACGACCGUUGUAGAGACUGAUGUUCCAGAAGGAAUUGUGGUACCAGAUCGAAAUACACAAGCGGCUUUAGAAAGAGUAAUUGAGAGACUCUUCGAGGGCUGUUUGAAGGAAGGCAAAUACAGACAAGUUGUGGGCAUUGCAGUGGAUGCACGGAACUUGGAUGUCCUUCGCAGAGUUAUUAAGCGUGCAAGCGAUGAUGAGAAGAAUUCAAGCGGAAAGCAGGCUGAAGGUACUGCAGCACCGACUGAGGAAUUAAUGGAAUACGUCCUCGAUAUUUGCAUGGGUAUCGUCCAAGAAAGAGGGCUUCGAACAGAAAUUCUACGGUUAAUCCUGGACCUUCUAUCCGAAAUUCCGACUCCCGACUACUUCUCUAUUGCGAAAUGCGUGGUAUAUCUUAACCAGGAUGAAGAGGCUUCAACAAUGCUUAAGAAACUCGUGGCGAAUGAGGAUCAAAACUCAACAGCCAUCGCAUAUCAAAUUGCAUUUGAUCUUUACGAUAAUGGCACCCAGGAGUUCCUCUCUAAAGUUAUCAAGUCCAUUCCUGCAAAGGUCGAGGAGGUGCCCGCCGAGAAAGAGAACCCAACUGAAUCAGACCAGCUUCUGGGUGAACUCAGCGACCGCGCAGGCGCUCCAGUCCCAAGUCCUGAAACUGUACCCGAAAAGCACUUAGAAACAUUUGACAGGAUACGCAGCAUUCUCGAUGGCAGUGAGACGAUCAAAUUAAAUCUUGAAUUCCUCUACCGAAACAAUCACACAGAUCUGAGCAUUUUGAACAAGGUGAAAGAUAGUUUGGAGGGGAGAAACUCGAUAUUUCAUACCGCGGUUACUUUCUGCAACGCCUUCAUGAAUCAAGGAACCACGAAUGACAAGUUCUUCCGCGACAAUCUUGAGUGGCUUGGAAAGGCUGUAAACUGGUCGAAGUUCUCUGCAACUGCAGCUCUCGGUGUCAUCCAUCGUGGAAAUCUAACCCAGUGUCAAAAGCUGCUUGAACCUUAUCUGCCGAAGCAAGGUGGAUCUCUCGGAGGCUCGAUUUUUAGCCAAGGUGGUGCGCUCUAUGCUUAUGGUUUGAUCUACGCCAAUCACGGUGCUGAUGCGCUCGAAUAUCUGAAGGGUCAGUUCAAUGAAGCUCAGGAGGAAGUCAUCCAACAUGGUGGUGCUUUGGGACUGGGUAUUGCAGGAAUGGCUACAGGCUCGGAAUCAAUUUACGAGAACCUCAAGGGCGUAUUGUACACCGACUCGGCCUUGAAUGGUGAGGCCGUUGGACUUGCCAUGGGUCUUAUCAUGCUUGGUACCGGCAACGAAAAGGCUGUCGCUGACAUGAUCACCUAUGCGCAUGAGACCCAGCACGAGAAGAUUGUGCGAGGUCUUGCGGUAGGAAUUGCUCUCAUUAUGUAUGGUCGACAGGAGGGCGCCGAUCAACUCAUCGAGGGUCUUUUACACGACCCUGACCCAACUUUGCGUUACGGUGGUAUCAUGACCGUUGCUCUUGCAUACUGUGGCACAGGGAGCAACAAGGCCGUACGACAGCUGCUCCACGUUGCUGUUAGCGAUGUCAGCGACGAUGUCCGAAGAAUCGCAGUCAUGAGCUUAGGAUUUAUCUUAUUCCGUAAGCCUGGCAGUGUUCCUCGUAUGGUCGAGCUAUUGUCUGAAUCUUACAACCCACAUGUUCGGUACGGAGCUGCCAUGGCGCUUGGUAUCUCGUGUGCAGGCACUGGCUUGGACGAGGCAAUUGAUCUGCUUGAGCCUAUGAUCAAGGACCCUACAGACUUCGUUCGCCAAGGUGCAUUGAUAUCGCUUGCUAUGAUCAUGGUGCAGCAAAACGAGGCCAUGAACCCAAAGGUUGCAUCUAUCCGCAAGACUCUGAAGAAGAUUGUCGGUGAUCGCCACGAAGAUGCUAUGACCAAAUUUGGUUGUGCACUGGCCUUGGGUAUUAUCGAUGCUGGUGGGCGUAACUGUACGAUUGGCUUACAGACUCAAACCGGCAACCUCAACAUGGCUGGUAUUGUUGGAAUGGCUGUCUUCAUCCAAUACUGGUACUGGUUCCCAUUUACUCACUUCCUUUCAUUGAGUUUCAUCCCGACAUCUAUGAUCGGUCUUGAUCAUGACUUGGAUAUUCCAAGCUUCAAUUUCCACAGUGCUACUCGGCCAAGCCUCUUCGACUACCCGCCAGAGCAAGAGGUCAAGACUGAUGAGGCUCCUACCCUCAUCGCCACGGCCGUUCUCUCCACAACCGCACAGGCCAAGCGACGUGCCCAAAAGAAAGAGCGGGCCCAGCGACGAGAGAGCAUGGACAUCGAUCAGACGCCAACAACCCCUAAGACCAAUGCUCCCGUCGGCGGCGAUAAGAUGGACGUCGACGAAGAAAGCAAGGACAAGGAAGAGAAGUCGGACGACAAGAAAGCCGAAUCUGACAAGGAAGGUUCCAGCCCCGCCGAAAUCGCCAAGAAGAAGCUCGAGAAGGAGAAAGUCGGCUAUGAGAUGGAGAACAUGUCGCGUGUGCUUCCCGCGCAGCUAAAAUUCAUUAGCUUCCCGUCCGGUCGGUACAAGCCAGUCAAGAAGCCAACCGGUGGCGUAAUCCUUAUGAUCGACACCCAGCCUGGCGAAGAAAAGGUCCUCAUCGAAGAGAAGUUGAAGAAAGCUUCCAUCGAGAAAGCAGCCGCACCCACCACACUCGAGGAUAUGCGCAAUGAGUCCUUCAACCUCCGUCGUGAGGCUUCUGGGGCUGCGGCAGCAGCAGGGGUCUUGACAGCUGUGGAUGAGGAUGAGGAGGGCGGUGAGGAGGCAGAGGUGCCGAGGGAGUUUGAAUACUUCUCGGAUAAUGAAGAUGCUUAA